AGUGAGCGGCACGCUCUCAGCGGUGCUGAAAACAACCACCAUACUCGAUGACAUUCCAGCGCAAUGUCAGAUCGUUUGGGGCAAACUACCAGGGGGAAGGAUGGAAAAUCGAAGUACUCCUCUCUCAGUCUGUUCGAUAAAUACAAAGGAAAGUCACUAGAAACCCAAAAACAUUCAGGAGUUGUCCCUCGACAUGGCUUGCAGAGUCUUGGCAAAGUGGCUGCUGCCCGGCGCAUGCCCCCACCUGCCAACCUUCCCAGCCUAAAGGCUGAAAACAAAGGAAACGACCCGAAUGUGACCAUUGUACCAAAAGACGGAACAGGAUGGGCAAGCAAACAGGAGCAGCAGGACCAAAAGAAUACGGCUGUGUCAGUAGUACAGCAGCCGGAGUUGCCAUCACAGCCGGCUUCACAGACAUCUGCCUGCAGUGUGCCAAAGCCGGCACCAGUCCACGAGAACACAAAUUCUGCACAAGGUGGAGCAAAGUCAUGGGCACAAUUGAAGGCAAAGCCAGUAGGACCAGGAGGCGGAAGAGGAUUAAACAAGCAGUUACCAUUCUCUCAAGAGGAAUUUCCAACAUUAAAAGCAGCUGGAGACCAGGAAAAGGCUGGAAAAGAAAAGGACACCACAGAUCAGUCAUAUGGGCCAGGACCAAGCCUCCGCCCACAGAAUGUAGCCAUUUGGAGGGAGGGCGGUGGGCGAAACCUGAACCCCACGACAGCACCGACUCUACCGCCUCCGCCACCGCCGGAGGUGGAAGCUAAAAGCUCAGACCAAGAAGAUCCGGUGCACACGCCAGUGUCGUCAAGUGACUCAAAGGAGCCUUCACUGCGCCCUGCUACUCCGCUGAGGAGGGGACUGGGAAUACCACUGCAGGCUGGGACUCAUCAGUUCCCCUCCACCUACCGUGAUAUGUUGCCUACAUUUAUGUGCUCACCACAAUCACGGAGUCCUCAGCCAACUCCAGUCCUUGGUCCACAAGGAUCCUUACAGUAUCCGUUCCAGCCACAUGAGCCAAUUAGGUAUCCCCGGGGUGUGACUCGCCCUAGCCGCCCAGCGAGGCCCACUCGGCGACCAGGUGAGCUGACAGAUCGACCUGCCAUUGUCAAUCCUGAUGAUCUCAAAGAGCUGGAUCAGCUGGACAUUGAGACAGAAGAUGGAUGGGCAGGUGAACAUGAGGAAGUGGAUUACUCAGAAAAGCUGAAAUUCAGCGAUGACGAAGAUGAAGAAAUGUCAAGAGAGCGAAAAGAGAAAUGGGAAAGGGACAUGAAAAUAGCGCGCCAUCGGUCUUUAAAUGCUAAGCGCGAAGCAAAGUUGGAGCCUUCCAUGUGCACUGACUCAAUUUGGAAUAAUCCAUUAUCCUCCAGCCAGUCAAACCAUGGCCUGCAGGAUCCUGAGCCACGGUGGAACCUAUCUACUGCUGAGACAAGGGCUGGAGUCUUCCAAAAACUAGCGGGAGUUAAUAGAUGGGCAGACACUCAGGUUGAGAAAGAUGAAGCAUGGCGACAACGGCCAAAUUCUGGCACCAGUGAACGCUCUGAGGCAUUGGAACGUGUCAGGAGGAGGCGUGAGGAGGAGGAACGACGGGCCCAGGAAGAGCGAUUAGCUGCCUGUGCUGAAAAACUGAAGAAACUUGAUCAAAAACGCGGAGUGAUAGAGAACUCCGUCAAAUUUGAUGGCCGGAGAAAGGAUGAUGGUGAAACUAAGGAGAGCAAGGACUCUAUACCUCUAUCUGCACACCAGAAACCUUACACUGAGAACAAGCAGAAUUUACCAAAAGGCGGAAAUGUCCCAAGAUACUUGUCAGGGGAUCAGUUGCCUGAGCAGGAAACGGUGAAGUUGAGGAUGAUGACUGAUGGUGCAAUCGAAAAAUGUGAGCUGCCUGUGGAGCUUCCUGUUGAUGACAAGGUGAAAAAAGAAGUUACUGCAGGCAUUGCAGAAAGCGAAGAGGAAAACAGCAAGCAGGGAAAUGAGCCAGCACUGCCCGUGCAAAACUACAGCAAGUUCCACAAGUCUCUGCCACCCAGAUUCCAACGACAACAGCAGGAGCAGCUGUUAAAGAUGCAGCAACGGCAACAACAGCAAGGUCCAGUCAUGACCCCGUCAGUUGCACCUCCUCAUUCUCAUUCACAGAGACACAUCUAUCCCAGCCCAGUCGGCCCACCACCUCCUCACAUGCUUGGCUAUGAUCCUCGUUGGAUGAUGAUGCCUUCAUACAUGGAUCCUCGACUGAGCCCAGGAAGGCCACCAAUUGACUUCUACCCAUCAGGCGUUCAUCCCUCUGGGAUCAUUAAGCCUGUAAUGCGCCCAGAUCGCUCAGACAGUGUGACUUCGGGGUCCGAGCAGCACGAUCGGUCUCCCAUUCUGUUACAGGAGAGAAGAACCCCACCUACAGAACCGCAAUUCAGCUGGGGUCAAGAGGACUAUCCACCACCUCCAAACAGAACUUUUAUGUUAGCCUCUCAGAGAUCGCAAGAGGAUAAUGGUUCUGAAGAUAGAAAUGUCAGGAAUGAAAAGCUUCCCACUCCACCUGCUGGGAGGGCAGAUUCCAUUUCCCAGCAAGCCAUGAAGAUACAGCGGGAUCCAUUUGAGGAGCAGAUAGAUGAUUACAGGGUUGCACCAACAGACAAACUGUUGAAUAUGGUUUGUUUGGAGCCCCAGACUGAACUAAUAAAAGACCGAAGGCCUGAUGUAUCUCCAAAUGUGUCGGCAGUGUUAGGCCGGGAUGUUCUUUUCCAGCAUAAAACAAGUUCUCAGAUACUUCAUAAAGAACUUUUCACAUCUGAAAAUGAGCAGGUAGGGCUGAAUGGGUCCCUGUUGAGGGACAGUACUGAGACCUCAAAACCAGCUGAAAAUGUUGAGGAGCUGGUGUCUCACACCUGGGAUUAUGUACACCAGAAAGAGCCACCAAGCCCAAAGAUUAAUGAGCACGAAGACACCAGAGAGGAGAAAGGUUUUCGAGCAGAAAUAUGGCAAACUGAUAAUCUACCAAAGAGGGAAUCUAAACCUGCACCCCAGUGGGAACCACUGAAAGGAAAUCACAUUGAUCGUCGUGAGACUGUCGGAAAAAUGACAGGCAGAAGAUCUGGACCGAUUAAGAAACCAGUACUUAAAGACCUCAAGACUGAGAAGGCUGAAGAGACAGAAAAAGUAAAGUUGGAGUCUGUUCUGAAAAACAGUCACACUAAGACAGAACAGACCAAGACUGAGAAUAAAGCGCUGAAAACCAAUGGAGGAACAGUGCCAUCAUCGCAAACAUCUUCCUCGUCGAAUGUUAGACCUGAAAUGACUGCGCUCUCAGUGCCUUCAGCUAAGUUUGACUGGGAAAUGGAGAAACCACAAAAAAAGGAGAAUAAGGCAUGGGAGGUGAGACCAGUGAAUAAAGAUAGCAUUGAUUUUCCUCUACCGCAGAGAAGAAACUGGAUUGAAGACGAUGAACAUAAUUUGAGUAGUCGGAGCCAAGGACGAGGAAGGGGCAGAGGAAGAGAUUUUUAUGGCCGGGUUGGAGACGCCAGAGGUUCAUACAACAAUUUGAACAGAGGAAAUCGUCAGACUCCAAAGGACUACAGUAAUCCUUCAGAAGACGGCCAAAAGAGCUCCUCCCGCCGUCGAAAUGCUAGCGAGACGCGCAGUGAGGGGUCUGAAUAUGAAGAUAUACCAAAACGACGGAGACAGAGGGGAGCUGGAGCUGGCAGUGAAGGCACCAGUGAUGCAGUAUAUUCAGACAGAGAGGGGAAAAAUAUGUUUAAAGACUCUGUCAAGAAAUCCAAGAGAAUACCAUCUGAUGGGCCAAUUGUUGGUGAAGUGGAGGAUGAAAGAGGGCCCCCCAAAGUGUUUGAAAGAGCACUGCCACCUCGCUUGAGCAACCCUGGGCGAGGACGUAACUUUGCCUCUCGGGGAAUGUCCUCCAGACAAAAUAGAGGGGGUGUGUGCAAAGUAAAUGGUACUUAUCAGCUAAAUGGUGAUAUUUCCACAUGCAUGCUGUUGUCCAAAAGGCAGCCUCUUAAGGAAUCUACAAAAGUGCUGAACAGGCCUUUGGAAGUGACACUUGAGAAUACUGGGGAGGAAAAUGGAGUCGGAGAUAAAAUCCUGCUUUCUGGAAUCUCGGCCAUAGAUGAUCAACCGCCCAAAAGGGAGCGAUCAAUGGAUAUGCCCCCAAGGAGAAGGCGACCUCCUAGGCAGGACAAGCCUCCAAGAUUCAGGCGUCUCAAACAAGAAAAAGACGCAGCCACUGAAGUCAAAAAUGAUGUACCUGUUCCUGCAGACCAUGGCAUAUCUAAUAUGACUGCAAGGACCGAUGAUCAGGAAAUGGCUUCUCUUAUAGCUGGCAAUAAGUCGCCAGAUCUGUCUAAUCAAAAUUCUUCUGACCAAGCUAAUGAGGAGUGGGAAACUGCUUCUGAAAGCAGUGACUUUACAGAGAAGCGAGACAGGGAGAAUAGAAUAUGCCAGAACAACCUCCCACCUGAAGUGGAUGUGGCAGACGGUAGUCUUGGACAGAGGAAAGAGUUAGCUAAACGCAGUUUCUCUAGCCAGCGGCCAAUUGAUCGGCAAAACCGCAGGACGAAUCCAGGCUAUGGUGGAAAAACUCCAAAAACUAAUGGGACUGGUCCAAGAAAUGAAAAGGCAGCUGGGCAACCAUCAAGGAACAAAAGCAGGUAUGUAGAAGAACAGCAUUGUGAUCAAGUAACGGUGAAUGGAGGGAAUGUUAACACGGUGUACUGUGUAGAUCGAGUCAUUCCCCAUGAUCCAGUGGCUGUCCAAAAUGCAAUGAAGGACGCAUCAAAUAAAAAGAAGGAAAAGGAUGUGAAACCUGGCAUGAAAAAGGCAAAAGAAAAAACUGAUGCUUUGGCACAAUUUGAUUUAAAUAAUUACGCAAGUGUUGUCAUUAUUGAUGAUCACCCAGCUGUAGCUGUGGAGGAGCAGCAGUCCGUGUCAGCUCUGAAUGAUGGGUUCACUGAAGUAAUCUCAAAAAAACACCGCCGUUUGCUUGAGGAAGAGCGCAGGAAGAAAGAACAGACAUCACAGGCACCUGGUAAAAACCGGAAUGAAAAGAGCUGGACAUCUUCAUCCAAAAUGCCUCCUAGAUUUGUCAAAAAGCAGCACCUCUCCAAUCCAGUUACUGAACAGCCAGAGGAUAGCUCCUUCUCCAAGGGGCAGGCCAGUAGCCUAGGAACAGAGAUUUGGGAGAACUCCAGUGCAACUGUUCCUGUUCAGCCUGCCAGUGGUGACACAUGGGUGAAACCUCUGAACUCAUUUACGGGAUCCGAAUCUACGUGCACUGAGGCAUCCCAACCAUUCGACUACUCCAUAUUGCAGAGUUUCAAGGCAAGUCAACCUGACAGCGGAGUUGAACUGAGUGCUGAUUCCCAAGGUUCAUCUGCAACUUCAUCUCAACGAAGCUCACCUUACGGUGCACUCAAGCCGGAGGGAGGAGUAAUGACUGAAAUGAAUGGAACCGGCACCGAUACAUCAGUUGAUAAGUCAAACGGGAAAACUGAUGAUCCCAAGGAACAACGGCAAAAACCAGCGAGACCAGAGAGCAAGAUUUCAGAGCCAGCAACUGGACAGAAUAAGGACCACAAGCCAGGACCAAUAGGAAAUGAACGGUCUCUGAAAAACAAGAAGGCAAAGGAGUGUCUGGAGCCAGAGGGAGCGGAGCGCAGUGAUGGGGGCAUCACAUCAAACAAUGCAGCUGACAGCAGACCAAACACCAAGUCAGGGCUGGAUUUACAUGUGGACGCUGUCAUCCCAGUUCCUCCAAUCGAGUUUGGAGUGAGCCCAAAGGAUUCUGAUUUCAACUUGCCGCAGAAUUCAGUGCCAAGUCCUGUUUCCAAGUCGAUCACCAAAUUGCAGGAUGUUUUGGCUAACAAUGUUACUCUGAGCCAGUCAAUCCCUAUCCUACGAAGGGAGCAUCUCCAGCAGGGUCCCAACCUCACUCCAGUGUCUCUUCCAAGCACUGACCUCACUUUAAAGAUGGAGUCUGCCCGUAAGGCCUGGGAAAAUUCUCCCAAUGUUACUGAACAGAGCUCUCCUGGCAGCAAUAGUACAAGUACGCAAACCCCGUGCAACACAGGACCUCCUAGUGGGGUAGGCUACAGCUCAAUUGGAUGUUCUUCUGUGCCACCCAUGCCCAUGGUGUCAGUUGCACCUUCAGUGUCUUUGCCAGGGAGUCAUAUUUCUCCUCUGUAUAUGGAUGGCCAUGUGUUUGCCAGUCAGACCCGUCUCCUCCCUCAAUCGAUUCCACAGCAGCAAGGUUUCCAAGCUGGACUGUCACAGGCUGCUGCAACACAUCAGAUUCCAAUUCCAAUGCACACGUCCUUACAAGCCCAGGCACCCCUUGGAUUGAGGAAUGGACUUCCCGUGUCUCAGUCCCAGGAAAUGUUCAGUUCAAUGCAACCAUUCAGAUCCCAAGUGUACAUGCACCCCAGCCUGUCUCAACCAUCCACAAUGGUCCUCUCAGGGGCUCCUCUGAAAACUCCAUAUACAGCGUUUCCUGCUGUUCCAGCUUCUGAUAUGGUAAAACCACAACCAGGAUCUCAUUACCAAGCAAUCGGUGGAAAUCAGCCUCUCAUGUAUGAAAGCCAACUGAACCAGCCUGGACUCACUACUUCACAGAUCAUGGACUCCCAGCUGAUACAGGUGACCAUGUCUAUGCCCGGAUCCCAGCUGACUCUGCCUAGGUUUGGCUCAGGCCAGCAGCAACUGAUUGCGUUAACUCAAUCCAUCCAGCUUCCCCAAGCACAGAGUUUGAGUGUUGGUGGGACCAGAAGGCUCUUGCCCCCAGGAUCCCAGCCUCCUAUUCUACCCACUGGCAGAGAGAUUCCCCAAAUGGAUCUUAAAGCAUUUCAAUUUGCAGACAACAAACAAGUUUCCUCUGGGAUGUCUGGAGGUCCUGUCCCAAACCUUUUCAGACCCAGUUGCACAAGUCCAAAUGGGAAAACAUCUGGAGCUGGACCAGCUGCUAACUCAAUGGGCUUGAAUAUACCAGGAGCCAUCCAGGGACACUAUGCCCAACAGAUGCCACCCCCACCCCAGGGCAACAUGAUCAUGCACAUGAGGCCACCCAGUGUUGGAACCUAUCCUACUCCUAUUCAACGCCCCGUGAUACAGAUGAACAAGGGCCCCAUUGCACCUCCCAUUGCAGUACGCCCAACUCGAAUGCACAGCUCCAGUCGAGAGAAUCCAGCAGCCACAAUUCGAACUUGCAACUCUGAAAGGGGAGGAGAAGAGGAUCUCAAGGCUAAACAGAGAGCUGAGGUGCUGCAGUUGACGCAGAAGUUCUUUGAACAGCAUCAGCAGGGGAAGCUCGCUAACCUUGGCCAGAAAAUAGAACCAGGCACUGCUAUUGCUGAUCAUGGAGAAGAGAGCCCCAACUUAAAUGUACCGAAUAUUCAGGACCCAGCCAGCGAAGCUGUGACACAGGAGAGAGCUGUUUGAACUGGACCAGUUGACCACCAUGGCAUUAAAGUGGAAGAUGGGGGAAGCAUAAUGAUCCCCCGCAGUUUAAAAAAAAUUGAUAUAUAUCUAUAUAUAAAAAUCAGAAUGGACUUGGGAUUUCUGGAAUGCUAGGACUUCAUUUUUUUUUAAAAAAAGGUUUGAUGUUUCAUUUGCUGCUCAGUCUUGACAAAGCAGAGAGUAAAACGGAUACCAGUGCAAGGUAAUGUGAACUCUUGGAGGUUUUUGUACUAUUCAUUGGAGAAUAACUCUUAAUUCGAUAACCACAGUUGAAUUCAAGAUUUCCACCCCACUAAGGCAAGAGAGUAUCCUUUUGAAGUGGUGUAGUCUGGUUGUACAGAACAAUUGUAUUUGAGAUCUGACUGUUGGCAUGUAGCGUUGUUUUCUUUUCCUACACAGCGUGGUGCACCUGAUGUCACUGCAUCAAAACCUGAUGCAUUCCCUAACUUUGAGUGACCAGUUACUUUAUGAAUGGGGGACAAAAAUCAGAAAUAUGGUGGCAUAUGUAAUAUGUGCCUUUGACAUCCAUGCAGGUAAACACAGAUGUACGUUGUCACUCUAUAAUCUAUUUAUAUUUGUUUUGGGCACACUGUACAGAAAAUAAGGCUGUUCAGGACAAAUUAUGUUUCAGCUUGUUCAUUACUGACAGGUAAAACUCCUAUAGCAGAAGGUUUUGAAAGCGUCACAUUUUGUACAUGCUCAGCAGUGCAGCACAACAUUAAACAGUAUUAAAUUACAAUCACAGCAGGAUUUUUACUUCACAAAGUGGUGGCUGUGGGGUUAUUUCAUUGCAUAGUCUUUUACUGUUCAUUUACACAUGUGCAGGAUUAAGGCUACACCAUUCAGAUGUAGCAGUAACAAAAAAUACCAAUAAUACAUACUUUACCUGCACAUUUUUAAAAUUGCUUCCCACAUUUGCUAGCCUGCAAUUUUGUUAAAUUAGUUAAUUAUAUCCUGAGAGUAUGUUGACUGUGUAAACUACUUCAUGCAGUACUCUUUGCCCUAAACAAUUAAGAAUGGGUUAUGGAGUAGUUGGCUGUAUAUCCAGAAUAGACAGUUGAACCAUUUUAAGUUGGCCGUUAGCACAUAUUUUCUUAAAGUGUAAAAUAUGAAUGGUUCUAAUCCAGCACAGAAGUUCCUAUGACUACUUUGAGAAGAGACACUUUGCAAAUCAAGAAUCCUUUCCUGAAGAAGCAUGACACCAAAUAAGGAAUAGAUACUCAUUUAUUAAAGGUAGUACCAUGCUUUCAGUCAUGACCUGUAUAAUGCAUGUGGAUAAAUACAGUAAAUAAAUGUGCAUAUGUAGUUCUGGGCUCCUGCAAUAACUUGGCAACUUUAACAUCAGUAUUAAUAGACUACUGCAGAUAGUCCUGUUAAGGGUAAACUUUCCUUAUCUUUGGUAUUUAGAUUUUUACACAUCCACUGUACGUUGUUCCCUAGCGCACAUCCAACAUGAAUUUUGUCCUCCAUUUGUCUGCAAGGGACUGAAUCGCAUGUCGUGAAAUUUAGAAUCCAAGGAUUUAAGUUCCACAGUGGGCAUUCUGCUCAGUGACCUAUGUCAACAUUCACCCUCUAUUGUAAAGAUCAAAUGUAGUGGGGAGGAAUUAAUUCAGCUUACUUGCCACCAUCAAUUCUGUUGAUAUAAGCUGGUCUGUUUGACAGUGUUGCUGAAUUGGAGUUAGUACUGUAUGGUAAUAUUGAACGUGAUUUGUGCACUACCUUUCAACUGGGCCCCUGCCUCUGGUCAGGGGCGAUUCCAGUAACUUUCUUGCUGCCACUGAACUGAUGCAGAAUACUGCUGUAAGUUCAUGCUAAUGAGCCCGGAUUAGUGUCUUAGCUGAUAGGGAUAGGGCAUCCCAAGAUUUUCUGAUGCACACAACUAAAUAUAGCACCACACUGAACUCCGCAACAGCAGUUCAAAACUGCAGACAUCCUCCAGACUGAAUUGAGUCCUUGGUUUUCAAGUGUGUCACCAGCGAGGUCCAAGUUGUUAGGUAGAACCUGAUGUAGACAGUAGGUAUGACAGAGUUAGGCAGAACGGUUAACAUUUUUAUUGAAAUGGAAGCUGCCAAUUCACUUUUUCUUUGGUGUUGUGACAAAUUAUAAUUUUUAUAUAUUUGAUUAUAGUUAUUAAAUUUGGGAAUUAAAAUUGCAGGACUUAAUCAGGAAUGUUACUAAAGUCAUCCUUGUAAUAGUUCUUUAAUUUGAUUAGUCCUCAAGGACUAAUGAAGAAAAUCCAAUUUAACAUUUUAAUGAUUGUGUCACCUUAGUUUCUUAUAAUGCUGGCCGGAUCGGAUUCAAUAUCGUGUCGAUCAGUAUUGUGCAAUGCUGUGGCAUUGAGGGUCAUUUAAGUACAGUCGACAGAUGAUGGAUUGAGUGUGUUACACUCUUUUGUAAUUAGAGGGAGAAUUAGGAAGGUGGUCAGAUAGGAGACAGUGAAUCAUGUGGUUGGUAAGAGCCCAAAAAAAGUGGAUAAGUUUUUAAAUCUUUCAGUUCUUGAGCCCAAUUGACAAGACUUCUUUUAAAACUAUUACAGUUUUCACAUUGAGCUUGUUUUUUCAUGUGGAAGAGGAGGAAUGGAGUUGAUUGUGUCUUCGCCUAUUUUUGCAUAACUUCCGUUCAGUGCUACUAUUUACUUCUUUUCUAACUUUAAUCUGUCCUUAUGGAUUUUAUUUCAUGAAUGUAAAAUUUAAUCUCUUUUCCCAACAAGUUUGUUUAUCCUGAUGGUCACAUGCUGAAAUUAAUUGUGGCAGAAUUAACCCAGUACUUUGGUAACUAGAAGGACCAGGAUUUUACAGUAGCUUAUAAAUGCGACAAGUUCAUCAGUUUCAUUAGAAUAUUGACUUUAGUAUUUGCUUUGAAAUUGACCUUGCAAGAACAUCAAAGAAAAAAGUCAUUUAUCAUUUGUAGUUAGGUAGAGAAAUCACCAAGGACCUGAGCUGCUAACCUGGAUUCUCUUGUCAAAAGCUACCCUUUAGACGAUUAAUCAGCAGGUAUUUGUUAAUCAGCCUGUUGAUUCUCCCUAAAGGUUCUGGUGUUUUAGUUGAGACACAUAGCCACCAUCUGAGAAAUGAGGUUGUCUUCAUCAUGAUUUUAUUGUAGCUUCAGAGAGUAGCAAUGGUGCUCUUUCCCUGUGCAGCUUAACUGAGAGCUUGGCUAGAAAUUGUGUCUUCUGUGUUCUAGCAAAGCAGUUUGUUUGAAUUGCAGGUUUUAAAUGGGGAAAGCAGACUUGCUAGUGGAUCAUACAGUGGUCUGAAAUUGUAAAGCUUUCCGUGACAAUUCUGGUAAAACUCUAUGCCCAAUUGGCACAAGAAGCACUUGUAAUCUGAGUGCAGACAUCUGUGUCUUAUUUGAUUUCUUUUUGCUCCCCUCCAAAGAGAUGGAGAGAUGUGUAGACUGAGGUACGUUCCGAAGGAGUGAAGUGGCAAGCAGCUCCGGAACUUGGAUCCUUGGCCAUCCAGUUGGUCAUCUGUUUUCUUUUAGUUGUGUGCUGUUGGCAUUGUAACCCAUUUUAAUUGGGGUUUUCCCACAAGUUUAAGAAUUUCACACAAGCUUUCUUUUACAGUACUAAUGAACAGAUCUGUGAUGCUGUGCUUGAGACUCCGUCUCUGAGCUUCUGCCACUGAAACCCUGAGCACCACUGUGUGUGUGAUUGUGUUGCAACGUAGCCAACAAAUGGGUGAUCAUCAUCUCCCACAUUACAGCUGCCAGCCCCCAACUGUUUUGUGCUUCUGUCUGACAUUAUUGUAGAUAGGGAACCUGUGGCUUGCUCCUCGCUUUUUAUUUAAGCAGGAAUAAUUCACCUCAGAUUCAACAUGGCAGGCAGAUUAAAUAAAAGAAAACAGAUUCCUUUCACAUUUAAAAAAAAACUCCUCUUUAAAGGGCAAUGGUUUUGCUAUAAAAUAGAUAUCCCCUUAAUGCAUUGCUCAGAGCGCUCGUGUAAUCAGUGAAACUGUCCCACUGAAGAGUUCUUCCUCUGAAUCAAUGGUCUCUUCUGAACACUACAUUAUUUAAUAUGUACUGAUGUGCAGAAAUAUGCCAACAAAAAGGGUAUGUUUCACAGUGAUCAAUUAUUUAUAUAUUGUCUGACAACUCUGUGUAAUGGUGGGGCCAAAAGACAUGUGCACGUUUUCAGAAAUCUGUUGGCUUAUAUCUUCCUUAACUAAUCCCUUGCAAAGUGUCCGAUUUAGUUCUUUGCUGUCAGGUGAAUGACUUAAAUAUUGUACAGCAUUAUGUAGUUAUUAAAGUUUUUAAUUGUUUUGAUUUUAUAAUGUACAGUGGCUCAGUUAACAAGAGUUAUUUGCAGGCAGCGAUGGUGUGGUAAUUACCGCUGUGAAACAAAAAAAUCCAAGGAUGUUUUCGGACGGGAGUUUCCGCAAUUUGAGGAAAAGAUCUCCCUCAAUCCCCCUGUGUUUUACUAUUACAUCCUGUGUAGUAAAGAUAUUCAGCAUGAUUUUAAUUGAUGCAGGUUCACUUUCAACAUUUUCAUAGCAUGUAUGCCCCUGUUGUGGUGCUGAACAUCUUAAUCUUUGUCAGUUCAAUGAUUUUUUAUUUUGUUUUCAGAGAAGCUUGUUCACCCAGAAAGGGGGAAGUGUAUUAUAGUUGAUGCUUUUUAUGUUUAUGACUAGAUUAAUCAAAUACAUAUCGGAACCUGUUAUAAGAUGGGAAGCAGAGACAUUUUUACAUUCUCUAUGCUUUCCUGAUGUGUUAUUGAGUAUAUAUCUUACGAAUGUUCUGAUCCCCGGCUCUGUAUCCUUUUAUAUAAUUUUUUUUAUAAAGUUGGACUUCUAUUCCAAUAAGAGUUAGAAGCUCUGAAAAGAUUGCUUUAUAGACAUUUACAUGGAACAUUUUGUUUGUUUAUAACCAGAAACGUGCAUCUUAGUCUUUUGGCCUUAUCUAUUCUUGUUUUUUUCGUGUAGAUUUGAUAUUUGAAAGGACAGACAGUGGAUAUGUUAUGUACACUGAGGAGUUAUUUAUUAAUGAGGCUUGAACUGUUUGAGUGUGUGCUGGCCUCUGGUUUACAGUUCAGUACCUAUUGUUUAUCCUUUCAAAUAUGUGAUUUGUAAUAGCUCUUUCCAUAUGAAAGGAUCUGGUUUAUUUAAAUAAAGCAGCUGAUGCUUUUUUCACAUGACCAAA